AUGUCAACAUCUCUUCCCCCUGUGGCAAUCCCAGGUCAACGCCUGGGAUCUGCUUCCCUUUACUCCGGGGGACCAGGCACACAUAUCACACAAUCCUACAUCUACGCCUCCAUCGCUGGGCCCGUCGUCGUGGAUCCCGCCCAACCCAAGACCGGAACCAAGCCAACCAUUCGAGUCUCUCGGGCUGUCCCAGCCGUAAGCCGAGCUGCUUCAGCCCCACAGCAAAAGAAUCGAUACAACACCCUACCAGCUGUCGGCUCCAUUAUCCUGGCCCGUAUCAACCGUGUCCAAAAACGUCAGGCCACUGCCUCCAUUCUUGUUGUUUUGGACAAUACCUCGCAGGACCCUUCGCAGAAUGCUUCAGACAAUGACAACGUCGCCUCCAUCUUGACUUCCGCUGCCGACCCCGAGAACCAUAGCAGCACUGACGAGCUACGCUUCCAGGCUCUGAUUCGCAAGGAGGACGUCCGCGUUGUCGAGACUGAUCGCGUCGUCAUGGAUGAGAUGUUCCGCGUUGGCGAUAUUGUGCGUGGCUCAGUCAUUUCCCAGGGUGAUCAGAGCUUCUACUACAUCACUACUGCUCGCAACGAUCUCGGUGUUGUCAUGGCUCGCAGCGAUGCAGGAAACAUGAUGUUCCCUGCUAGCUGGAAGGAGAUGCGCGACCCUGUUACCGGGGCCGCUGAACCAAGAAAGGUUGCACGCCCGUACUGA